CCUAACCGGUCUUUGAUCACAUGCAAGAAUUCAUUCUGUGGCUUUUUCUGCUAUUUUUUUUCGUUUUCCUGUACUUAGCUUAUCAGGAAACACUUCUCGUGCCCGUUUCUAUUUGACUUUUUGCCCCGAGUUUCUUUCAAACGUAAUAAAUUCAUUGCAUUUCAUUUUCAUAUGUAAGUGGCUGAGCGCCGCUGGUGAGGUCGUUUUUUACAAAAGAGAAAAUCACAAGAAUCGUCAGAAGAUUGAUAGAAAAUGUCGACGCUGCGAACGAUGCUUCUCGCAGGAAUUCUAACACUGCACCUGUGCUCGAUUCCAACGGUAAGUUCCAGCCUCGCGGCGAAAUUCAAAACACCUGCGACUGCCCAGGAAAAAGAUUCAUCCAUGACAGGCGGCGAUCCAGAUAGCGAGCAACCUACGCAAGGAAUGAAAAUCAACGAAACCCAAGUCCUCCUGCAGCAGCACUACGAGGCCGCUGCCUCUGCUCCGCCAGUGGCCGUCGUCGUGGUGAAGUAUCUGAUAAGUGGCACGAUUUUUGCGCAAAUCCCGAUUCCCGGACGGAACGGCGAUUUUCUGCAGCAAAGCAAACCCUAUACCGUGCGACAACUUCUGAACGCCGACCAGUUUCGCUUGGAGAUUGAAAACAACAGCAAGCCGUCUAAGUCUGAUUCCAAGAUUCGCCGCGCCUUCCGCCUGUUCGACGAGACCGGAAGCCGGAAACUCGGGCUAGACUCGGAGAUUGAUUUCAAGGAAAGGGAAACGGCAACGGACACUUUCCCUGCGACCGGCGGGAUGCAAGAUGUUGUUGUUCCCAGCGCGACCAGGUGGUAUGCCACCAUCGGGAUCGUGGACGUGAGUCUCGACGUUCUGGAUCCGGAGAGCUGGUGGGCGCAUGGGACGGAGAACAUGCCGUUUUCGAACCACCUGGCCGCGAUCAAAUCCAAUCUGCACUUGUACCUCAAUAACGAUGGAACGAUCAGGCAAAAGGGCACGCUUCCCGACGGAUCGUUUCCUUUUGGAAGCUUUUUCGCACAAGUGCACGACUGGGUGCAGCACGCGCGCGCGAACAACAAAGGCUUCUUCUACGGAUACCAGUUCUACAAUGCGGCGGAGGGGCCGGGGCUGCCGGGGCACCGCAUGCUGUUUUCCGCAGACGCGGCGGCGCUGCUGCAGUUUCAGGCCGAGGCGGCGAACGCGCGCGGCCUGCAGACGCCGCACCAACAGGGUCGGAGUGCGUGGAGCAUUGACGUUGGAGACCCCUACUUCUGGACGCGGUCUCCGGAGCGCUACUUUUACGACACACUUUGGGUUUCGUAUAAAGACGAGGAGAAACAGAAAACGGAGAGAGGAGAAAUAGAACCUGAUCACAUAGAGCAAGCUGACAAAAGGACAUCCAGCUACUGGAUUAGGAGCGCCUCGGCAGCCCCGGUGCUGCACGACGUGCCCUUUGGUCAGGUGCAAUACCCGAUGAGGAAAAUGCCGGACUUUAGCAAAGAUCGCGUCAAAGACGACUUGCACCUCGAAUUUUUCGUGCCGAGCGCGACGGCAGAGGCUGAGUGGAAGACGGUCUCCGUGCUGUCGAAAGGAGUCAACAUAGCCACCUACACGUUCCAAAGAAGUCCACGGCCGCGGGGAGCGUUUCAGUUGCGCAACGCCGCGCUGCGUGGUGCUAAUGUAGACGACUCGACGUUUGCGUGGAAGUGCACACGCAUCAGCAUCAAUUUAAGCAACGGCGGGCGGUAUACACAUGUUUUCUCAGUGUCCCAGCCACUGGGGGGCUCGUGAUAUGUGGCAAGCAAAAGGGUGGUGCGAUGUGAACAAUAGGUUUCGACAUAGAUUUCAAAAAUGUAUUUAUUCCCGUGAAAGAGCAGCUCCCUUGUUGUUCUUCAUGGAGAUGAAAAUUGCUUUUGCUGCACUAAAGAUACUUAGAUCAAUGCAUCAUGCCCGUGCUUUGUUGGCUUGCUCUUACUUCCGUAUAAUGUCAUGUUUGCGAAAACGAACAAAAGUUGUAGCCGACAAUAGAAUAGACCGAUGUUGGCAUGUGAAACCAAGUUGUCAUUCGAAAAUUCGUAGGAUGAGAACGCCGUUUCUGCGCACAACUGGUUUCAGGCGGUAAACUUGUACAGUAAUCGAAGCAAGAUGAAGAUCAAAAAGCUACGUCAAUGAU